CAAAACCAACGUCAAGUGCAAAGAAAACUUCACGUCACUUGGCUAAACACAAAAUACGGCAGUAGACGCGCGCAGAACAGACAACACGUACACAUCGAGGGACAUUCGUACGGAGUAAGCAAGAAUAGAAGGAGAGCGCAAAAUGUCAAAUGACAAGUGGUUCGAGAUGAACCAAAGCACCCAGAAGCUGAUCGGCGAACCACCGAAGCGCAAGUUUGUUCAGAUACGCUGGAGCUCCAUUCUGGCGGUGGUCCCCACGCUCCCGUUGGUCGUGCUUUCCAUCCAAAACAUCCUCUUCUUCUACUUGAACAGGCCUCAGGACAUCGUCAAAGAGUUGGGCGCGCUGGUGGCGACUUUGCCCAACAGCAUCCCGGACCGCAACUGCACCGACUUAGCCUGCCACUGGGCGGCGCUGCAGACCGCGUUAGCACAGCUGAAUGCAAGUCAAGCCGCGAUUUCCAACGACCUGGAGAAGAGUCAGACAAGGCUGAAGGCAGUUCAGGAGGCAGGUCAGACGGCAUUGGCAGAGCUGAAGGCAGGUCAGGAGGCAGGUCAGACCGCAUUGGCAGAGCUGAAGGCAAGUCACAACGCGGGUCAGAGCCUGCUGGCCAAAGUCUGGCAGGAGAUUAGCAGCGACAAAGGGCUUCUGAGUCAGACACUGAAAGACCUGAAGACGGACUACAACAGCAUGUCUCGGGCGCGCUCACAAGAGAACAAGGACUUGAGUUCGGCUUUGUCCAGCCUGCGGCAGAAGGUGGUGGAUCAGCCCACCCUUAACAGGGAACUCCAUGGUUUCAUGCCCAGAGACUGCAGUGACAUCAUGGCGGCGGGAAAGUCCAAAAGUGAUGUCUAUUACAUCUUUCCAGGGUCCAACAGCUUCAAGGCUCACUGCAACAUGCAGCAGGACGGGGGAGGCUGGACCGUGAUCCAGAGGAGAAAGGACGGCACCGUCAACUUCUCUCGGGGUUGGAACGACUAUCGAAAGGGCUUUGGAAUCCUCUCCGGAGAGCACUGGCUCGGCCUGCAAAGCAUCCACGCUCUGACGGCCUCGGGCGAUUACCAGUUGCGGAUCGACUUGACCACAUUCAACGGCGUCAAAUAUUACGCUCUCUACAACACGUUCGCGGUGGCCUGGAGCGCGAUAGACCCCGACAAGUACGCCUACCAGCUGGAUGUGAACGGCUACUCUGGAAACGCAGGCGAUCGUUUCACCUACCAUUCUCGGAUGCAUUUCACCACCAAUGACCGCGACCAUGACGCGUGGGAUAAAGGCAAUUGCGCCACCCAGUGGGAUGGCGCUUGGUGGCACCGGGACUGUCACCAGUCCAACCUGAACGGGCUGUACAAGGCAACCGGCACCUGCGACGCUCACAAUGUAGUCUGGCGUGAUUUGGGGACAUCAAAGUAUACCUGCCUGAGUUUCGUGGAGAUGAAGAUCCGGCCCAGAAAGUGAGCGAUCGGCCGGCGGAGCCUGGGAACGGCAUCCCCGUGGGAUCACGUGGGUGCUGCCCGACGUCACCUGUAACUCCAUCUGAGGCAGUAUUUCAGCUCAAAGUAUUUUUGUUCAUGCCUCUUAAUGGUGAUCAAUGAGGCAGAACAUUUUUCUGUGUCGUUUCCCACGGUCCCGUCUUAGUGACGGACCACCAGCAAAAUCUCCGCUAGAAAAGGCCAGGUUUUCUAAGCUGUUGACUAGCCAAGUUAUAGUUACAAGUUUCUUAAGCCUUAUUAACCACCUCACGCCUGUAUAUGCAGCUAAUAAGGUAAUGAGGGUGACGUUUUUGUGUUCCAUUGCUGAAGUUGCAUUUGAUUUAUGUACCUUGUUUAUCCGUAGCAUUGUAGCUUACAGCUGAAUGUAUUCUCACGUCAGUAAGGACUGUUAAAGUAAUAUUUCAUUACAAGUGUUUUAGGAGUUAAGUUUCUUUUUUUUUUUGGAAAAUUUGGAUUUUGGGAACGAGGCCAACUGAUUAAUUCCUCCACCCAUUCCAGCAGUCUCCUUUUUGUCCCCUCCCUUUACGAAGGUUGAGUUUUACAAUCCAAAGAGGUUUGCGACGCCAUCAGUCUCGCUGGAAUGACAAAUGGCGAGUGGAAUUGUCGUUUGUACAAACAAUGGAGAUGUCUCACUUUUUUCUCUUAUUCAUUAAACUUUCUCUUGAUAAUC